AUCUGAGCCAGCACACCAGGGAGAAAGACAGGACAGUGAGGAAUAUGAGGAAGAGGAAGAACAAAACGAGCAAGAGGAGGAUGAAGCGAUAGACAUGGAUAACGAAUCUAUGGAACUAACCAACACAGAACAACAAGCCUGCUGUGGGUCUGAAUGGGGAUUACCAGAAGCAACAGAGAUGGAGACCAAUGCUGCAGGAGGGAGUGUAGGUCCCAGGAGCUCAGAGAGGAGAUUUCAUGGAGCUGUUGUUCUCUGUCUGGGGCUGCUGAGUGUUUUCCUGCUGGCUGGGAUCAUCAGCCUCGGUGUCCACUACCAUGUGACAUUACGUGGAUCAGCUGCAGAGCUCUCCUCUAUCAAAGCCAACCUGACUGAGCGUCUCCAGGCCAGUGAUGACAAGUCUUCUUCCCUGACUGAAGAGAGAGACCGGCUGAACUCCAGCCUCACUGAAAUGGCUAAAGAGUUGAACCGGCUUCAUCGUUGGUCCAAACAGAAGAAAAUGUGUCCAGCAGGAUGGAGGAUGUUCUGUUCUUCCUGUUAUCUCCUCUCUGCUGAGUCUGGUUCCUGGGAGAAAGGCAGACAAGACUGCAGAGAUAGAGGAGCAGAUCUGGUGGUGAUAGAAAGCUCUGAAGAACAGACGUUUAUCUCUGGGAUCACCAACAGAGAUACUUGGAUUGGUCUGACUGACAAAGAUGAGGAGGGGACCUGGAAAUGGGUAGAUGGAACUCCACUGACUCUGAAGUACUGGGCAGGGCCGCCUGAUAAUGGUGGUGGAGAUCCACAGUGGGGUGAAGAGGACUGUGCACACAUUGUGGCUGGCAUGGACACUGGAGCAAACUGGAAUGAUCGGAGGUGUGAUAACUCUCUGCAAUGGAUCUGUGAAAAAAUGGCUUAGCAUUUAAAACAUUUGUAAAUAAUUUUAAAUGUAACCUACGAUUAUGCAAAUUACAUUUUAAUAACGUUAUUGCAUGUGUAAUAAAUGGGGAGAGAGAGAGCAUCUAAAUCAACAUGUAAAGGUUUGGUGGUCAAGAAUCGAGAUCUCUGUGAUUUAUAAAAUAGAUUCUUGCUGGGAAACUUUAUUGUGGGACUCUGGAAUUGUUAGCAUAUUGGCCUAUCUGUAUACAAGUGUAUGUAUAUAUUUGUACGGAGCCCCCCUGGGGUCAGCUGAGACAAAAAAACUAAACCGUGCGCACAGAAUAAAAAUCUUUUCCGUCAGUUUCUUUAACUGUUCGUGCUCUUGGUUUUAUAAACUGUUCUCUGUCUCUACAAGCAGCCGGCGGUGAGACGGCAGUAAGACGAGUGCUUAGGGACAGUCUAC